GCGAAAUGCUUGCCAAACAAGAGCUGCUUUUCUGUGAAUUAUGGCGGAAUUGGACGAAACGAGUGCCAGCUUCUUUCAGCUAACAAGUUCCAAUCUUCGGACAAAAUGGCGAUUGACGAAACAUUUCAGCAUUUCUCAGUGGUGAGUCCGUGUGACAGGGAACCGUGUUUAAACGGAGGAAAAUGUUUACCAAUCUAUGAGCAGAACAGUUAUCGUUGUCUGUGUCCUUGGCAGUUCAACGUUGGAAAAAACUGUGAGGAAGGUCGAACUCUCUCUACCCCCUAUGGGAACUGGACAGCUUUCUGGUGGUAUGACAUCGAUACCACGUGGCCAUCACAUGAGAAUGACGUCCUGGCUUAUGAAUUCGGUCAUUGCCAAGCAAGCGAUCCAUACUGCUUCGGUCGCCUUCCUUCGGACGCCGUUGCAGCCUCCACUGAGAUGCUUGCCAUCGACUCUCAAGGAAACGAGUACUUAUGGGGUUUUGGCGCCGCCACUCCAGUCGCGCGUGCGGCUUGGCGGGCAUUCCAUGAUCAUGAGGUCAUAUCUGUCGGAGAUGUUCUAAACGAGUCACCUGGCUGGAAUCCUGCGGUGUUGAAAGGUGUUUCGCCGGGGCAAAGCCAAGAUUCGUUCAUGUACCGCGAGGAAGAAGGCGUCAAAUCUGUUCUGUUGGACGAUGAUAACUGUGAUUGCUACUCAUCUCUGAGCCUUGGUCACGCUUUGUGUCUUUCAAGCCAUGAGACCAACUUCGGCCCUACAGGGCAAUAUGGUGUGGAUGCCCUGUACGACUCAUAUUGUAACGUGCCUCGUCAGGGCGUUGGACUUACCUUAUACUUUCGUGCUAUAAUAUGAAUAGUUGUUGUCACUAUCACACAAUCUACUUUCUUAGCAGUCAGCAGAGAAGCUUCCCAAUGGCGAGAGCCUCCCAAUGUAGGGAAGGGAAGGGGGGGGGGGGGUAGCAUGUUCCGUUAAUCCCUUGAGAAUUUCACUUUUCUUUCUUGUUCAUAAUUUCCACUGUUCCCCUUACAGUAGAGGUAUCCCUUG